AUGUCUCUUCCGAACUUCCCAAUCCCGAACCUCGACACCACUCUGCAGGAAGCUGGGCGGGUGCUGGGGCUGAUCCUGCCCCUGGAGGAGUUCCACAGAUACCAGAGCGCCCUCCGGAGGCAGGAGGCCGAACUGCAGGAGAUCCACGCUCGAUUCACAGCCCGGGCGACCGGCCGGGAAAACUGGGGGACGGAGGAGUUCAAAAACUGCCUCCUGUCCAUCCGGGACCCCAUCCCCACCUCCACCGCCCUCCCCGUGCUCCUGCAGCCCUCCGCGGUCCAGGGGACCCCCCAACUGGAGGGGGGACCCCAGCUAGCCCGGGCCGCUGCCCUGCUCUGGGCCGCGGCCAAGAUCCACAGCGACCCCCGGCUUCUAGAAGGAGACGCAGCGCUGGAGCAGACCCAGAGAUCAGAGCUGUUCUCAGCGUGCAGAGAGCCGGGAGAGACCAGGGAUCAGAUCAAGAUCUACCCUGACAGUCUGCACGCAGCCCUGCUCUAUCAAGGCUCUGCGUUCCCCCUGCAGCUCCUGUCCCAGGCUGGGGACCCCCUCCCGCUCCCCCAGAUCCACAGCCAGCUGCUGGGUGCCAGGACCUGCUGUCCCGGGGGGCGGGGGGGGUCCCUGAGGACCCUGGAGAGCGCUGUGCUGGCGCUGGCGCUGGAGGACUGUCCCUCCCUGGACCCCCGGGACCCCGCGGCCGCGCUGACGAGCAUCCGACUGGGGAGCCCCGAGACGAGAGGGAUGAGACACUACGACAAGGUGUUGAAUCUGGUUGUGUUCUCUGAUGGUUCAGCGGGGCUCCUGUUUGAACACAGUGCGGUGGACGGCAUGGUAGCCGGGCUGCUGGCUCAGGCGGUGUGGAGCCUCUCCGAGGAGGAACUCCGAAAACAACCCCCCCCUCCAGAAACGACCGCCCCCCUCCCCCUGGUCCAGCCCCUGGAGUUCUCCCUGGAAGCCCCGCCCAGCCCCCGCGCCGCCCCCCCCUCCACUCGCACCUCCUGCUUCGAGUACCGCCCCGCGUCGGACGUCCUGCCUGUGCUGAGGGGGUCCAGGGGGCUGCUGGACGCCUGGAUCACCUUCUCACUGCAGCUGGGACUGAAGCGAGCCUUCAGCGAGGAGGAGGAGGGGAGCGGGGCCUUCCUCAUGGUCACCCCCACCCACGUGAGGCACUUCAAACACGGGCGCUGUAACCCCACCUACAGCCUGAGCCGGGGGUCCCUGGAUCUGCUGGGGGCCCUUCUCUCGAAGGAGGAGGAGGAGGAGGGGGAGGAGGAGGAGACUCGGCUGCUCUCUCUCUUCUCUCGGGCCCUCGCGGAGCACAGGAGCCUCAUCAAAGCCACCAAGAAGGGCCGCGGGGUGGGGCCCCACUUAGCAGCCUUGCGACACAGCCUGGGGGAGGGCAGCGAGCUGAAGGGGUUCCUGGACCGAUUCGGACGCCCCUCGGUCUACCUGACGGGACAGGACUUGGUGGGAGGCGUGGACAGCGCCGUGGGGAACGUCUACGCCCAAGACCAGCUGGCGGUCACCUACCUGGGAAAGGAAGACAAGGUCUGCCUGGCCAUGUCUGGAAAAGGAAGCUUUGCCCACAAACUGGGGGGCAUCCAGGGGGGGUUUAGGGGCGCCAUGGACGUGGUGGUGAAGCUGGCGUUGAAGUACGCCCUGGCGAGCCAGAGGGGGGCGCUGGAGGCCCGGUUGGGGGCGCAGGGGUCUGAGAGAGGAGACGGAGAGAGGCUGGGGGGCCAAGCCAGCGUCGACCCGCGUGAAACGCCUGACAACGCAGGAGGGGAUGUUUUGAAGCAUAAGAUUUCUUAACUGGUUUGCUUCCGUGGAUUCUACUGUACUGACAAACGGGCGUUUUCAUUUGAUACAUUGAAUAUAUUUUCGACAAACAACCCCCCCCACCCCCCCCCCCCACCGUGGCGUUUUUUUCUCGUACAGCUUCGAAAGCCUGAAGCACAGAAAGAAAAAGCUGAAAACUGGCAAGAAUCUGGGAUGAACUUCCGAGUUUUUUAGCUCAGGGACCCCAAAUUAAGUUAAAGGGUACAAGAGGACCUUUUGAUUUGAUUGCAUGUUUAAGUAAAGGUGUGUGUAAUUGUUUUAAUUAUUAUUAUUUUUCCAUUUUGACCACUUUUUACUCAUUUUUUUAAUUGCAUUCCCUGCUUCAAAAUGGCUUCCCACGUCGGACCUCUCAGAACUACAUUUCCCAUCAUCCUCCUGCUCGCUGGUAUCACAUGUACCCGCAUCGGACCUCGCAGAACUACAUUUCCCAUCAUCCUCCUGCUCAAUGGUAUCACAUGUACCCACAUCGAACCCCUCAGAAUACCAUUUCCCAUCAUCCUCCUGCUCACUGAUAUCACAUGUACCUGCAUGGACCCCUCAGAACACCAUUUCCCAUCAUCCUCCUGCUCGCUGGUAUCACAUGUACCCACAUGGACCCCUCAGAACUCCAUUUCCCAUCAUCCUCCUGCUCAAUGGUAUCACAUGUACCCGCAUCGGACCUCGCAGAACUACAUUUCCCAUCAUCCUCCUGCUCAAUGGUAUCACAUGUACCCACAUCGAACCCCUCAGAAUACCAUUUCCCAUCAUCCUCCUGCUCACUGAUAUCACAUGUACCUGCAUGGACCCCUCAGAACACCAUUUCCCAUCAUCCUCCUGCUCGCUGGUAUCACAUGUACCCACAUGGACCCCUCAGAACUCCAUUUCCCAUCAUCCUCCUGCUCACUGAUAUCACAUGUACCCACAUGGACCCCUCAGAACUCCAUUUCCCAUCAUCCUCCUGCUCAAUGGUAUCACAUGUACCCGCAUCGGACCUCUCAGAACUACAUUUCCCAUCAUCCUCCUGCUCGCUGGUAUCAGAUGUACCCACAUUGGACCUCUCAGAACUACAUUUCCCAUCAUCCUCCUGCUCACAUGUGUAACCGAGCUGGAGGAGGAUGAUGGGAAACGUAGUUCUGAGAGGUCUAAUAGAAUUCGCUGGAUCACCAUGUUUGUCACUUAUCACGAUUAUAACACAUUUAUUUGGGGGAAAAAAAUAAAGAUCUAUAAAUGACGGCCAUCGAGGAAAUGUUUCUCUUUUCAACCCCUCGACCGUUCAUCCUUGACCACGACACGCUUGAGUGACAGAAGCUCUUCAUCACCUGAUCAGCGAGACCGUUGAUUGGACGCUGGAUCCGGAGAGCUGUUGGAAUGCAAGCUUGAAUAAAAGCAACAGAGAAAAACACCCCGACACGCCGCGUCUGUCGAGAGAGAGUCUCCUUCCUGCGAUCGGGGUGCUGGAGGCUGGACGAGGGCAGCGAGUCGCGACUCGCCGACUCGGGAGCUCACAGCCAGCGAUUUCAAACCUGGAGAGACGGUCUAACCAGACACACUCUGUCAAGGACAGCGCCCCCACCAGGUGUGGUGACGGAGAGUCACCGCACCUGCCCCAGACCCACAGAUCACUCUGCAGAGCCUUCAUGAUCUCAAUUGAUAAUCAACACAAUAAAAAUUCACUUCACCUGCUCUGAAACAGAGUCUGUCGUUUUUCAGUCACAUCGAGGGGAACUUUAUCCAAAUAUAAGGGAUAUGUUUCUUUUGAUGCUCAAAUAUAAGCAACACAUUUCCUUUGAUGUUUAAAUAUUAUUAUUUGUUUAUUUAGCAGACGCCUUUAUCCAUUUCGACUUACAGAGACUAGGGUGUGUGAACUAUGCAUCAGCUGCAGAGUCACUUACAACUACGUCUCACCCGAAAGACGGAGCACAAGGAGGUGAAGUGACUUGCUCAGGGUCACACAAUGAGUCAGUGGCUGAGGUGGGAUUUGAACCGGGGACCUCCUAGUUACAAGCCCUUUUCUUUAACCACUGGACCACACAGCCUCCUAAGUGAUGUUUCAUUUGAUGCUCAGGAUAUUUGUAUCUUCAUUUCUAUAAUAAUUUAGCUGCGUGACGCAGCAAAAACCCUUUACACCAACUGUCAAAUGUGGAAAUAGCUUUUAAAAAAUAAAAAAUGAGCGGAGAUUUUUCACCUCUGGGCUGAAGUGUCUCCCACAUGCCAUCUGGUGGACAGAUACAGUAUCGCAGCAAAAAGAAAAACAGUAACGUGGCGUCUCCACCAGAUGGCGCUGGCUCCCCUAUAUAUAAAAAAAAAAAAAAACACUGAAGAAUCGAAGCAAAAGUUUUUGUGUAUUGCAAACGUCACAACCCUCCUCAAGAGGCUUCACAUGAAAGCAGUUGCUGCCCAUUCUCAAAACAGCUCGAGUUUUCAAUAAACAAAAUAAAAAGACCAGUCUCUGUGAAUAAUUUAAAAGUUUUAUUCAAAACUACAGGCAGACACCCUCCACCCUCCUCCCUCCUCCCUCCGUGGAAAUAACUGGGCUUCCACAAACACGAUGCAGGCGUGGCUGGCUUGCCAGUUUGUUUACAUGGUCCUGGUUUUGGCUGCAGGUUGUAAACCCUCCUCGAAGCUCUCUGGACACUAGUUUGUUUGUUAGUUAGUUCAGCGGAGGCUUUUUCUCCCAGAGCGACUUCCAGAGACUAGAGGGGAGAACUCUGCAUCAUCAACAACUGCUGCUGCUGCUGCUGCAGAGUCACUUCCAAUAGGAGCUCGUUUGUUUGACGUCUCAUCCGAAGGACAGAGCACAAGGAGGUGAAGCGACUCGCUCAGGGUCACACGCACACAC